CCGAUUUGUGUGACGGAACCGAAACUGUAAACAGAAUCAGGAUCCUUUCUGCUCUCCAUCUCCUCACUCGCCCUUCCCGGGAGCAGCCUACUGAGCGUACGCUGUCCAGCUGCUUAAUCCAGUCGCACCCCAUCAAUGGGCGACGCCAGCGAGGUCCUCACUGUGAUGUGAUGUGCCGAGAUCCAGUUUAGGGUGCCAGUGAGUUGUCGGGGAUUGGGGAGCACAUUUCAGUCUGGCUCGGGAUCACUCCGAUUUUACAAAUCCAUUGCUGGCGUAUCCUCAUCAGGAGAGCAUGUGCUUACCGGCUCAUAGUACGAUGAAGUGGCCAGGCCAUAAGACCCCAGCAACCUGAGCAAAACUGCCUUCCAUCUUGAACACACUGAAGAAUAGGCUCAAGCUGCUGCCAGCAUUUAAGGACAAAAAAUAUUACUGCAGAAUUUCUCACCUUGCUGAGAUCUUGCACCAUUGAGUACUGGUGCUUCCGCAGUGCCCUGCGCACUCUUGGCUGCGUAAACAGCAGAUGCUGAGACUUCCCUCCCUCCAUACAGCCAUAUAGAGGGAGCUGCUGGUUGCAGUUCCCAGCUCUCCGGUCCUUGGAGAUGGAGGGUGUGGAGGUGGAGGAUGUCAGCCCAGCCCUGGAGGUCACUGAGGACUUCCUGCGCUGUUUCGACAGCCCUGUGGAGAACAGGCCCCAGCAGCCGGGGGAUUAUGGGAUGACGGGGGUCUCUGAACUGGAGGGGCGGGAGGGCUUUCUGAACAACCUUCCCCGGAGCAAUGGCACCAUCCACGGGGCUGGAGGAGCGCUCUGGGGGCUGCUGGCCAAGGAGCAGCUGGGCCGGGGGCAGGAGGGCGACACCAACAACCCGGAGUGGGCCGACCACAAGGGGGCGCCCUCCUUCAGCAUCUUCGGCAUGUGUCAGGGGAAGAGGAGCCGCGCGCGCUCUACCAACGACCUGGCCGCGCACACCAAGGACCCGGGCGCCAGCGCCUUCCAGCGCGGGCACAGCCGUUCCCGGUCCGAUGCCAACUACAGGUCCGUCACGGACAACGGAGUGCUGCCGCCGAGCACUGCUGGCUCCAGGGAUGGCCACAAGAAAGAAGGGAGCAGAGACGUCUUCCCCAACCUGGUGAAGAGGGGGCAGCUGGAGCAGCGGGAGGGCCCGGCGGGGCGCUGGAGCCCCCGCCACGUGGAGCUGACGGCCUGCGAGCUGCGCCUCUACAGCCUGGACAGCAGCGGCAACCAGCAGCUGUGCACCGCCUACUCGCUGUCGCACUGCCAGAGCGCCAGCGCGCCCCUGGGGCCGGACGGCCGCGUGCUGCAGGCCCUGUUCUUCAACAGCACGCGGCUGCAGCUGCGGGCCUCCUGCCAGUGGGAGGCGCUGGACUGGCGGCAGCGGCUGUGGGAGCGCGUGCUGGCCGUGCGGCCCCAGCAGGGGGCGCAGCAGGGGGAGCAGGAGGGAGGGCGGGCGCCCGCGCAGACCCCGUCCCAGCCGAGCCGGCCCACCGCCCUGCCCCUCUUCACGCAGCACUGCCGGGACGUGCUCAAGGCCGGCGUCCUGUACCAGCUCACGGACCUCAACAACUGGAGGGCCUUCACCUUCGUCCUGAGCAAGGCGCUGCUGCAGGCCUUCCCCACGGAGGGCCGCGGCCCCGUCUCCGAGCCCCUGCUGCGCUACGAGCCCGGCGCCGUGGUGCUGAGGGGGAAGGCGGCCCGGGAGCGCCGGCACCGGGACGGCCAGCGCGGCAAGCGGCAGUCCGUCACCACCAGCUUCCUGCGCAUCCUCACCUGCCUGGCCGUGGAGAAGGGCCUGACCGCCCAGGGCUUCAGGUGUGCAGGAUGCCAGAGACCUGUGGGCCUGUCUCGAGGGAAGGCCAAGGUGUGCUACUACAGCGGCUGGUACUACUGCCAGAGCUGCCAUGAGGACAGCCUCUUCCUCAUCCCUGCCCGGCUGCUGCACAACUGGGACACCAGCAAACACAAGGUGUCUAAGCAAGCCAAGGAGUUCCUGGAGUUUGUGUACGAGGAGCCCCUGCUGGACAUCCAGCAGCUGAACCCAUGCCUGUACGAGCACUGUGAGGCGCUGGCUGCCGUGCUGCGCCUCCGCCAGCAGCUGCAGUCUCUGCGCGCGUACCUGUUCAGCUGCCGCGCCACUGUGGCCGAGGACCUGCGACGCCGGAUUUUCCCUAGGGAGUAUCUGCUCCAGCACAUUCACCUGUAUUCACUGGCGGACCUGCAACAGGUGAUCGACGGCAAGCUGGCCCCUUUCCUGUCCAAGGUGAUCAAGUUUGCCAGCUCUCACGUGUACAGCUGCAGCCUGUGCAGCCAGAAGGGCUUCAUCUGUGAGCUCUGCCAGAACGGGCAGAUCAUCUUCCCCUUUCAGAACGCGGCCACCAAGCGGUGCGAGGCCUGCGGCGCGGUCUUCCACGCGGAGUGCCGCUCGCGGGCCCGGCCCUGCCCGCGCUGCGUCCGCCGGGAGCUGCACGAGAAGCCGCCGUCCUUCUGGAGGAAGCGGGAGGCCGAGGAGAGCGGGGCCGGUGGCGACUCCUUCGGCUGCUUCGAGCUGCCCUUCCAGGACACCUGAGGGGGGAGCCUGGAGGUGUGUGCGGCGUGUGGGCGUGCCUGGGGCCUGGCCGUGUGGGAGGAGUUCGGGUCACUGGACAGUCCCGUCCCCCCCCGGUCUGGCCUGGCCGGACCGGCCUGUGCUCUCGAGCCUGCGUGAGUCACCCCGGCACCUCUCCCACGCAGCACCGCCCUGCUUCCCGAGACUCUCUGCUUCCCCUCCCCCGAGGGGGGUGCACUCUGUAACAGCCGCCAAAUUACCCGGGAGGUUUCAGCGCCUUUCAUCUUCGAAAAUUGCGGCAUCCAUCAGCCGUGACAAACACAACACAACCGCGACGCGGAAAAAGGGAAAAACAGUUCUGAGGGAUGUGAACUGGCGUUUUAAUUAAGGGGGAAGAGAAGGAAAGUGCAGCAUGACUUGUAGGAGGCCCGAAAGGCAGCCAGCUGACGAGCCUGGGAUAAAACCCCGGGCCCAGCACCUGGGUGCUCUCCUAGAAUUCGGGACGGUUUUUAUUGGAUUCCAUAAACCAGAGCCGUUUCCGAAUUGGUGCCCAGAGUAUUCAAAUGGACUCCUGAACGCAGCGCAAGUAGCAGUGAACACGCCCCGGCUCUGAGGCCGGCCGGGGGCACUGCUGGGGUCGGAGGUCAGCACAUCUUGUCUGUGCCAGAGCCGCUGGGAAGAGGUGAGCCAGCCGGAGAGCGAUGGACCAGUCCUGGAGUAGAGAGCUGUUGUGACACGGAGACCAGCAUGCUUUGUGCUAAAGAGACAGGUGCUCAUCUGACCAUCUCCAACAGUCAAGGCCACGAUGAACCAUGGGACCUCCUUGGGUUUUGUUUCAUGAUCAAAUGAAAUCGAGGAGGGACGUCGUCUUUCUCAUUCCCCUUAUUACCAGGUCUCCAGACAGUGAGGGGGAUUUCUGGGUUGCCCUUUCCAGGUGUGGAGUUGGGGAAUUGCUCAGCAGAUGCUCGGAGGCUGUCAUCACAUCUAGGUGCCAUCACCCCGCCACAGCACCGCGCUCCUGGGGCGCUGGGCUGGCACCGACUGGUAAAGGAGUUCACAACAUGUGGGCAACCCCCAUCCGGCUCAGAAACCUCUGUAUUCAGUUUUCAUUUGCUGCAGCCAAAAAGCAGUGCAGCUCUGCUCCUGGGUUAAGGCAGAGUGGGAGUUUAGCCUGUGUGCAUGGCGUUGUCGUGUGACCUAGCUGAUAGGCUCAGAUGAUAUGACAUUCAGGAAUGAGGGGCUCUUUAAUCAAUAAGGGCACACUUGACGUCGGCGCCUCCAGGAGUAGCAGUGUUGCAAUGUUUGAGGGUGAAAUUGGAAUGCGUGUUCUGAAACAUCCCCUGGGGGCGACGUGGGUGUGCAAACAGAGGUGGGGUGUGCUGGCCGAGCUCUUGUCCUGCUUGUUGUUGUCGUCAGGUCUUUGCUCUCGAGGGGGGGAAUCCCCACCUUCCUGGUUUCAAUGGAGGUGAGAGCUCUGUGACUAGAGUGCUUAUGAAAUUAAAAAAUUGAAAUCGAAAAUGAAAUUCUGAGAAACGGUGCCUGCAGGUUCAAAGAUGUCCAUCAAACGUGGCAUUUCUGCUACUUUAAACAGAACUGAAGACUGGCUUUUAUACCAGCGAUGGUCUGCCUUAUGCAGUGUGUUGUCAGAGCACCAUGGGAACCCCCCAAUCUGUCUCUGAUGACCCCCAGGGCCUCCUGGACUCCAGAUUUGGGGUGUAUUGUGUGUCUAAGUACUCACUUGGGACGUCUGGGUCACCUCUCCUGAUCUUACCCCUUUUCUGCUCCCAGACAGGAGCAGCAGCGGCACACAGGCAACCAAAGCUUCAGUCUGGGCUGAAUGGGACUCAGCUGAACGGGUCCCCACUGGGAGGGAGCUGAGGGCCGAGGUCUCCUGAGGAAGCUCUUUCCCCGUCUCCUUCAUCUCUCUGUACAGAUGCUACACGUCUGAGUUGUUCUUUCUAAAUACUUGAAACUUGGGCAAUAAUGUACUGUGUGCUUUAUGACUAUGAGGUGUGGUGCUUUAUUAAUUUUGUUGAAAGGCUUGAGGUUUUAACUUUCCCCUAUGCAACCAUUACUGGCCUUGUGCAUUUGUAUUGAUCCAGGAGUGCUUGACGUGUCCUGGUGCCUUCUCUGUCCGCUCGGUGUUGACUCGUCUCCUGGCGCAGUUUCCUGUAUCUCAGUGUGGUCAUCCUGUCUCCCAGAAGACCCAGAGGUGGGGGAGUCAUCUGUAUUUGCCUGUUCCAAUGUUCCCUACCCAGCUGGCCCGCCUGCUUUUCUGUUUUUACCACUAAGGACAAGUAGUACCUAUUGGACAAGCUCUGGUUUUUGUUGGAGUCUAUCAAUUGCUGUAAGACUCCAUGUGUGCAUCUUUGUUGCUGAGGAAGGUGUUGGAAAGGACUGACUCCUUGCACACCUCCUUGUUGCCCGCACCUGCUCCGAAGCCAAUGGCAUCGCUACUGCCUGGCAGGCCUGAUGCCACGGCAGCGCUCUCUCUCUCUUUCUCGCGUGCGCAGACAGACAGACGGGCAGUCCGCGGGCCGGGCCAGGCAGUGGUCUCGGUGUGCUGCCUCUCAGCUGCGGCUCUGCCGGCCUGCUGAUGCCCAGGCUAUCAGAAACGCAGAGGGGUGUAGGAACAGAGCCUCUCAGUGCAGGAUCUCAGGUCGCUUGCCAAGCUGAUCCAAAGAAGCCUAACCUGGAGCAGUGAGCAGUUAUUCAGCACACACACUGCUGGCACAUCCUGGAAGAGCAGGGGACAGUUAUGACCAUUUAUACAGGUUCUCGAAAGUGUAGCCCGCCCACUGAUGCAGCUGCAUUUCCCAGUCAAAAGGGAAUUUCACGUUCAGAGAGUCGCACGAGCGCUGGCUCGGGUUCUUCCGAUUGCCCAGCGAGCUUCAAGGUGCACAUUCGGCAUCUGUCCCGGCCUCGGCAGCUGCUCGUCAGGGUCAGGACGUGGCCCUCUUAGAGACCAUGUCAGCUGGCUGGAGAGGAGUGCGGUGGUUUGUUGGUUUGCUCGCCGAGACGUGUGGCGAUGGUUCUCUGGAGCUAGAGGAGGUGGCACUCAUGUUGGACAGGAGCAGAGAGCCAAGAGAGCUCCAGCUGGCUGUCCCGUGGGAAGUGUCUUUUUACUGGGGGGGGCGACUCGAGGUGCAGUCAGGGUUUGAUCUUUUACGAACAAAACCAUUAGAUCCCCACGUCACAGAAGAUGAAAGGGAACUUUAAAGUCCACCAUGGCUUUCUUUACCUUUAACCAUAAUACUUGCUCUAAGAUGGCAACACGCGUGUGUUCUUGUUGAAAGCAGUGUAAAUAUGUGGGCUGGCGUGGGCGGGAGGAGUGUGCCGCUUUGUACCGCGACUUUCUGGGCUCUCCCUGUGGGUUCGCCAGCCUUCUGCCUUCGUGCAAGAGCAAGGGCAGGGGGGCAGCCUGCACCGGGUCCCCCGAUGGGGCCCCGGACUGGCUCAGUCUCUCCCUAGGGGGACGUCCCAUCUGGCUGCUGGGUAUGGGGCACAGAGAGGGGACCCGAGGCUCUGCCUCCUCCAGGAUCUGACCAGGUGCUGUGCUCCCACUGACGAUAAUAAUUCAGCUGUGACGAAGCCAGAAAACUAAUGGCGGACAGUGGGGAUUUAUGGUACCAUUCUUUGUGUUCGGAGGGGUACAUACAGUUUGUGAGCAAACGCAAAAGCAGAAAUUGAGGGGUUCCCCAGAUGGGGGGCUGGGGUGCAUGUGUCGAUGACCCCCCUGCCCUUUGCUUUUUCUGCAAGGAUGGAGUUUGUUGCGUUGCUGUGAGGCUCGGAGCACGCAGGUGGUUGUGGGAAGCCGAGGUGGGCGUCCUGGCUCUCUCCCAGCCAGGGAGGGAGGAAGGGCGGGGUCACCCCUGUGUUGUUCACACGCAGGGGGAGGGACAGGCUUUCCCCGGAAACCAGGCAGGCGGGAGAGGGCUGGGCGUCAGGAUGGGAGCAGCCCAGACACUACUCUUCCAAAACCGCUGUGACAGAACGACACAGUCAGGGACCCUCAGUGCUUCAGCUUGAGUCGUGGGCGAGGGGGUGCUCAGGCGUGUAAUACAGGUCUGGUGUACGGGUAACUAUACGUCUUCUGGAGGAGAACUAGCUUCACUCCUUGUUUUGAGCACUGCUGACUUUGAAUCACUUAGCAUUUCUGGGGUUUUAAAGAUAAUGUGGACACAACUGGUGCGUUUCUCAUGUGUUCUUUCCUAUUUAUUCGUAUUUAUUGUAUUUGCGUUUUGAGAGCUGCUGGGUUCUAGUAAAGGCUUUCCCUGUUCCUGUGAAUGACCUGUAUUUUAUGUGUUACGUCGACAACAUGUAGCAGCUGAUUUCUUGAGCAAGUAGAGAGACUGUUUAAAAACCUUUUUUUACCACUGAGGCAAAUAAAUUGCUUAACACCAUCA